AUGACUGCUGGCACUGGCGAGGCGACGGUGGACUACAUACGGAGCCACCUCGAUGAGGAUCUGGAGGAGGUGGCACAACGGCCCGGUCCGCCGCUCAUCCGCCCCUCCCUGGCGCCGUUUCUUACGCCCACCGGGCUGCUCAACCUGCCUGGCGUAGCGCCAUCAGCGCGGAGCCAAGGCAGCAGCAGGGAUCUUGUGCAUCCCGAUGGCACCUCCUUAUCGUCAGCGGCGCACACGGUGACUCUCGUUCUGCAGGUCAUGUCAGUCAAGGAUGUGAGCCUCUCGCGCGAGCAGCGCAGCCGCGUUCUCGUGCACUCCCUCUCCUCCACCCGCAGCAGCUCCGGUGCGAUGCCUAACGCAGCGCUAAAUGACGCGGACACAGACACCGCGGCCUCCCUCGCCGAUGCCACCCUACAGGCGAUGGAGGAGCAGCAAGAUGAAGAGGCGCAGAACCACAUACCGUUGCGGCCAAGCGGCGGUCAGUGGCGGUGCCUACGGCUGGAGUUGUCGGACGGGUUCCAGCGUGUGCUCGCCGUCGAGGACGCCUCUGCGCGCACGCGGCAGCGCUAUGGUGUGCUGGCCAAAGAAGGCAUCUCGCUUGGUGCCAAACUGCACGUGCGCUUAACUGCAUCGGUGGCGGAUACCACGGCCAUCUCUGUGCCGUGUGUGCAGCAUGGCGUUCUCCGGCUGCACGCUGGGAACACCGAGGUAAUGGGUGGCCACGUGCGGGCACUGGAGGUAUACUGGGAAGUGCAGGCGCGGCAGCAGCUAGCAGCGAGCACUGGACGUCCCUCGAAGGAGCAGCAGCAGCAGUACCAGCACCAGCACCAGCCGACGAGUCUUCCUGACGCGCCAACGAUGUCGACCUCCGCCGCCCCUGUGCAGCAACACCCGCAGCAGUCGCUCGCAGCUCUCCCUGUGCAGCCCCUUCGAUGCUGGCCCGCCCACGCCGCCCAGCACCCGCCCCACGUGCCCUUCUGCACGGUGGCCUUCAUCACAGAAGUGGUGUCGGACAUGGUCAUCAAUGAACCAUCCCCUGGAGCCACCCACAACAGCCACCACAUCGGGGCAGAGCCGAACCCUGCAAGGGACGCCUUCACAUACUCGCUUCUCGUGCAACUGUCCUCGCCCAACGCUGUGGAGCGCGAUACACAACAACAGCUGAGCAACAGCCCCUCCGUGCGAGGCGAGGAGCUGGGGCUAGUGAGCGAGGACGAUCACCUCACCGUCGACCUCGGUCAUGCCUGGCUGCAUCAGCUGGUGGGCAUGCCCGCAGAUGCGUUCCGUGCGCUGUCCCUAUCGAACGCUGAGGCAGAUGUGGAGCUGCUAACGCGUACCGUCGAAGCCGUCGGGCACGCGCUGGAGCGGUUUGGCAAAGGGCGUUUCACGCUUGUGCGGCGAGCAGGGGACGGCAUCGUGGAGGUGAUGCACGCUGUGCCAGAGCCGUGA